AUGAGUAGCGUUAGCGGUAUGUUUACCAUGGGAGUGAAGUCGAUGACAGAGGUUCUGAGGAAUCUGACUUCUCGAUUUGUUCGCGCUGUUAAAGGAACCCCACUUUUCUUUUGGAUGUACAUUUCCAUUUUGCUUUAUUUGGCUCGCAAGCUGGCGUACCAUCAUGGCUACAGCGCAAAGAAAGUCACUCUGGGGGGCCGUAUUGUGUAUUUGGAUCAUGCAGAGGAGGUUAUUGCAGAGUGCAUAAUUGAUACUAGUAAGAUUGAUGUGGAUUUCACUGACGUGGGAGGCCUGGAGGAUAUAAAAACUGCACUUAUUGAACACGUGAAAUGGCCGUUUACCCGCCCGGAAUUAUUCUCUGGAAAGACUCUGCGAUCGCACCCCAAAGGCGUUUUGCUCUACGGACCUCCUGGUACUGGUAAAACCUUGUUGGCGCGUGCCUUGGCGAAGGAACUCGGCUGCAGUUUCAUUAACGUCAAGGCAGAGUCUCUAUUCUCCAAAUGGGUAGGUGAUACUGAAAAGAAUGCCGCGGCUGUUUUCACACUGGCGGAAAAGAUAGCACCUUCUGUUAUUUUUGUUGAUGAAAUCGAUGCGCUCCUUGGAUUUCGAAACGUCAUGGAUUCUGCUCCCCACAACCACGCGAAGACCAUAUUCAUGACCCAUUGGGAUGGAAUCACCAAGAGUACGUCCAGGAUUUUGGUGAUUGGGGCAACAAACAGACCUAUGAGUAUUGACGAUGCCAUACGCCGUCGGUUACCUCUGCAGUUAGAGGUGCCCCCACCAGACCUGGCGGGCCGUCGGAAGAUAUUGACAAUACUUCUCGCGAACGAUUUGGAGGGUAAUCCACAGAAAAAUGACUUAAUUGAUUUCGUAGCAGCGAAAACAAAUGGAUACACCGGGUCGGAUUUGACUGAAUUGUGUAAGGCUGCGGUGCUAAUGCCUGUACGUGAGAUGGCUGAUGACGCCAUUUUACCUCAGGUUGAGAAGCGCCAUUUUAAUCAGGCACUGCUUCGGGUUCGUCCGUCAUUGCUAUAG